AUGCGCACGUACGACGACACGUUCUCCGGACAGAGAAUCUACCCUGGAAAGGGUAAGCUCUACGUCCGCGGUGACUCCAAGAUCUUCCGUUUCCAGAACGGAAAGUCCGAGUCCCUCUUCCUCCAGCGCAAGAACCCCCGCCGCAUUGCCUGGACUGUUCUGUACCGUCGCCAGCACCGCAAGGGUAUCUCUGAGGAGGUCGCCAAGAAGCGCACCCGCCGCACCGUCAAGGCCCAGCGUGCCAUCGUCGGUGCCUCCCUCGAUGUGAUCAAGGAGAAGCGCUCCAUGCGCCCCGAGGCCCGCUCCGCCGCCCGCGCCGCCGCCAUCAAGGAGUCCAAGGACAAGAAGAACGCCGACGCCGCCGCCAAGAAGGCCGAGAAGGCCAAGUCCGCUGCCGCCGGUGGCAAGAAGGGCCCCAUCGCCUCCAAGCAGGGCUCCAAGGGCGCCGCUCCCAAGGUCCAGGCCCGUACCCGUUAA